GCUACCCCCUUUUUUUUAUCGUACAAUUUGAUAUGUUUUAUUUAUGUGCAUUUGUUCUUUUGCAUUUCGUUGUCGUAGAUUUAUUUCAUGUAUUUGUGUAGGCUAUGCCGGGGUUUUUGUUCCCUAGAAGGUUUCCCUGGUGUUACAUGACGCAUAGUAAAUAAAUUGAAUUUUUGUUGUGUAUUUUAAAUGGGAAUAUUCAGCGGGUUUUGAGAUACAGUCAGAGGUUUAUCUUGGAUAAACAAAACAGGAAUUUCGGUUAUUUAGCCACAGCCGUUGCCACACAUUACAGUGACCUGAAGACCUACAGAAAUACCAUUAAGAUUACUGGGUGCCCCUUGUGUACGGCUGUGCUUGAGUGCUUCUCGUACAGAAAGGAGCAACCUCGCAGCAAGUUUGAGAGGUUAAAUGUGUCCAUUCGGAUAUCCGUGUUGUGACCACAUUACUACAUCAUCUGGCUUUUAGAGGGCAAGAUUUGAGUCAUCGACAACCACAAACAUAUUAGAAAGGAAAUGGUUGGAUAGCAUCACAAUCAAGUGAUUGGGAGUGAAUAGAAACAAAUCGAUCAGCCUCGCAGCGAGCUUCCAUUCAGGUUUCUGUGCUGUUUCGAUCAGCGACACUGCAUUACUACAGCAACUGCCUUUUGGAAGUAAUUGUUAAUUCGGACUAUCGAUUGGAGUCAUCGAACGCCAUUUGGAUAUCCAGAAGACUAUUCGAACGAAAACUACAAGUGGAUUAGAGCAUUACAGUCAAGGAAUUGUUCCAACUAUGGCCGCCGAUUACGCCGCUGUAAUUGUUAAAGUGGAAACAAAAGAAGAAGAGCCUGACAUGAAAGUAGAACCAAAACAAGAGGGGCCCGACGUGAAAGUGGAACCCAUAGACGAAGAUAUCGAUUCGUCUAUGCAGGAAAUGGUGCAUGUCAACAUAGUUCCUCAAAACGUGAAGGAAGAAGAUGAUAUAAAAUAUGGUACAAACAUUUUGAAUUUAACGUUAAACUGCCUUAAAUGUGAUUACGUAACAAAUUUAAAAGAAAAUCUUGACGAACAUUUGAUAACACAUGGUACUCCCAAACAUUUAAAAUGUGGUGAUUGUAACUACUCUACAGACAAAAAGGCUCAUUUAAAAUGUCAUCUUCUCAUUCACAAAUCUGCAAAGCAGCUUGCGUGUUAUCAGUGUUAUUAUACAACAAGUGUAAAGAAACAACUCAAACGGCAUAUGUUAAUCCAUAGUAACCACAAACGAUUUAAAUGUGACCAGUGCGAUUAUUCAUCACAUAGAAAUGAUGUAUUAAAACGCCAUCAGUUAACAAAACAUGUCGCAUCUAAACAGUUAAAAUGUUCCCAAUGCAAUUUUGCAACAAACGUUAAACCGUAUUUCAAGGAUCAUUUAUUAAUACACACUACUCAUUUGAAGUGCGAUCAAUGUGACUAUUCUACAGAUAGAAAGACUAACUUCAAACUUCAUGUUCUUAUGCACAAAACCGCAAAAGACUUUAAAUGCGAUCAGUGCAACUAUGCAACAAAUGUAAAAAGUAAACUCAAACAGCAUAUGUUAGUCCAUAGCAACUACAAACCCUUUAAAUGCGACCAAUGCGAUUAUUCAUCACAUACGAAUGCUAUGUUAAAACAACAUCGGUUAGCAAAACAUGUCACAACUAAAGAAUUGAAGUGUUCCCAGUGUAAAUACGCAACAAACGUUAAACUGUAUUUCAAGGAGCAUUUAUUAAUACACAGUACUCAUUUGAAGUGCGACCAAUGUGACUAUUCUACAAAUCGAAAAGCUAGCUUGAGACUUCAUCUUCUUAUGCACAAAACCACAAAGGACCUUAAGUGUGAUCAGUGCAGUUAUGCGACAAAUAUAAAGAAUCAACUCAGACAGCAUAUGUUGAUCCAUAGCAACCACAAACCGUUCAAAUGUGACCAAUGCGAGUAUUCGUCACAUAGAAAUCACGCGUUAAAACUACAUCAGUUAGCGAAACACGUCGCAUCUAAAGGGUUGAAAUGUCCCCAGUGCAAUUUCGCAACGAACGUUAAAUCGUAUUUCAAGAAACAUCUAUUAAUACACAGUACUCAUUUGAAGUGCGAUCAAUGUGACUAUUUUACUGAUCGCAAAGAUAACUUUAGAUUUCAUCUUCUUAUGCACAAGACUACAAAGGAACUCAAGUGUGAUCAGUGCAAUUAUGAAACAAAUGUAAAGACUCUACUCAAACAGCAUAUGUUAGUCCAUAGCAACUACAAACCAUUUAAAUGCGACGAAUGCGAUUAUUCAUCACAUAGAAAUGAUACAUUAAAACGACACCAGUUGUCAAAGCAUGUGACAACUAAAGAACUGAAAUGUCCCCAGUGCAAUUUUGCAACAAACGUUAAACCGUACUUCAAGAAACAUUUAUUAGUACACAGUACUAAUCUGAAGUGCGAUCAAUGUAGCUUCACAACAAAUUCACCCAUCAAUUUAAAGGAGCAUCUUUCAUCACACAAAUCAGAGGCAGACUUUAAGUGUGACCGUUGCGAUUACACAACAAAUGUAAAGUCACGAAUUGCGCAACAUAUGAAAUUAGUCCACCCCAUCUUGAAAGACUACAAGUGCAAGCACUGCAACUAUGAGACAAUCAGAAUGGGACACCUAAAAAUGCAUAUUUCAAAGCACCACGCCGUUCCCAAAGUUUUCCAAUGCGAUCAGUGCAGUUAUGGUUCAAAGAUCAAAAAGGCGUUCGAUAAGCACGUGUUAAUGCAUAGCCAAUCGGAUUGCUUGCAGUGCUACCACUGCGGCUAUAUCACGAAUUCUAAGCGCGGUCUGAAGUGCCAUCUUGUGUCGCACGCCCCUAAAAAACGUUUUAAGUGCGAGCAGUGCGAUUUCACGACAGAUCUGCCCGAACUUCUCGGACAACACAUGCCCGCCCACAAGACGCACGAAAACUUCCAGUGCGACCACUGCGAUUUCGUGACAAAUUGGAACGAGCGUUUGAAGUUGCAUCGUUUAACAAAGCAUGGCAUUUGCAAGGGAUUUUUAUCGUGAAUGUUGAACUAUGCGUCUGGACGGCGGCGCAAACAUUGAAUUGAAGCAGAAGUGAUAAUUUCAUACCUAGGCAACAUUGGAUAUUCUUAGAAUAUUCAUGCUGGAAUAUUCCAAAUCUAUGAAUAUAUACGUUUGUCUGGCAUAUUCCAAGGAUAUUCAGAAAGAUAAACUGAGAAUAUUCUGUAUGUUUAUUUUCAGAAUAUCCCAAGUGGAAAUAUAUGCAUCAUAUAAAUGGAUAAUAUUGUAAGAUAUUCCCAUUCGCAUAUACCUAGUGUACCUUACAAAGCACAUAUAUAUUUUAGGUAAUAUGUCCUUUGAAUAUUCCUGGUAUAUUACAGAAAUAUUCGCAAUAUUAUCUGGGUAGAUUUUUACAUAAUUUAUUUUAAUGAGUAUGAUUUUAUCAAUUUAUUCAUGAAAACAAACUAACUAGUCAUUUAUUGUAUGGAUUUAAGCUUCAAUAUGAUCGUUUCAAAGAAGGGAAAUAUCUGCUAUUUCAAUUGUUCCACAAUCAAUAUAAGUGCGAGCAGGCAAUUGUAUUGUUGAAUUGUGUGAAACCUUUAUAUUGUGGGUUAGCGGUAAGAUUCAAAUUUUCAACUUCCUAAAUUAAAUGUUUUGAAUAAAUAAAUAAAUAUAAAUAUAUUUUGAGCUCAAAAGGGCGCUUCUGCCUUAUCUGUAACAUAACAACACAAAAAAGAGUCACCUUAUGUCAAUCUCGCCAAGAUGACGCGGGUCCAGGUGAAAAUGCGUAGGUAUAAUAGGUAAUAUCCAGGUAGAUAUGUAUAAUAUCAGAAAAGUAGUCUAGAAGAGAAAACUUUGAGGGGAGAUAAAGCCCUAAAAAGAUAUACGUAUUAGGAAUAGUACUGCAUCAUAACACCUUAAUGGUACAUAGCUAGCUCCAACUAAUCAAUUUCACUGUUACAAAGACACUCCCAACUACACACGCCACUUGUAAAUUAGACUAGGGGCUCUAUAGUGUUAAUCUAAAUUGCGGUAUAGUCUACGGGCGGAAAAUUGGCAUCCACCAUGUAAAAAAAAGUAUAAGAAUGGUAAUUUGCCGGUACUUGAGGUACAGCCAGAGACCGAUGUCGACUAAACAAAACAAGAAUUCAGGUUAUUGAACCACAGUCAUUGCAUUUCACAUAAAAGUUUGGGCACUGGUACCUCCCUUCUUCGGCUUUGCCCGAGUGCCUUUUGUACAGUGAAUAGAAACAAAACAAUCAGCCUCGCAGCGAGCUUCCAUUCGGAUUUCUGUGUUCCGAUCAUCGACACUGCAGUACUACAGCAACUGCCUUUUAGAAACUAUCGAUUGCAGGAGUCAUCGAACGACAUUUGGAUUUCCAGAAGGUUAUUAGAACGGAAACUACAAGUGGAUUAGAGCAUUACAGUCAAGGAAUUGUGGGCUUCUUGUUAAACGUGUCGAAGAUUGCUUUUGCGUUGAAAAUGUGACAAAAUGAGAAUGCGAGUUCACCGGUACAGCCAGAGGUUGAACAAAAAUUCGGGUUAUUUAGCCACAGCCGUUGCCACACGCAGUGACCUGAAGACCUACAAAAAUACCAUUAAGAUUACUACUGGUGCCCCUUGUGUACGGCUGUGCUUGAGUGCUCUUCUUACAGUGAAUCGAAAGGAUCAGCCUUCUGAGUUUGAAACAUUAAAUGUGUCCAUUCUGUGUUCCGACUGCAUUACUGCCUUUUAGUAGGCAAGAGUGGAGUCAUCGCCUACCACAAACAUAUUAGAAAGGAAACUGGGGUGGAGAUUACAGCAUCACAAUCGAGUGAUUGGUAGGUAUUUAAGGAGUUACCAGUAGGAUUAGUCGGUAUCUUGACACAAACUUAACGAUACUAGCUAGUACCUUCAAUUAGUUUCGCUGCACCUCAAUAUAUAUUUCUUUCUUUAGCUCUAUUGAAUUUGGAUCCAGCUACUGUCUUUAUCUAUCAGCAAAUCAUUAUUUCUGCUUCUUGUUUCUGUUUUCCUUUUGUACUUUUUUUUACUUCAACCAUCUUUACUCCCUUCCAUAUAUUCAUAGUCAAUGGUGGCAUUUAACCAGUUCUGGAUAUUAAUUUUCAUUUCCCAUUUUGAUUUUGUAGCAGUGGUUUUUUUUGGGCUAUACAGGGUGGGCCAUUAGUGUGUGAGUGGACGAUUGUGGGUUUAAAAUUCAUUGUCGGGGAACUUUGAAGGUACUCUUAAGAUUACAACCUAAAAAUAUUUUCAACGAAAUUGUUAUAUUUUUUUUAAAAAUUAAUUUUAUGUUUUUGAUCUGACAUUUAUAUUGUUCAAAGUUUUUAUACAUAUUUACUACUA